AGCAUUUCCUCUCCCCCACCACUUCCAGCGAACCCAACUCCAAGCUCCAGCCAGCCAGCCCGCCAAUGGCCACCCACGGCGGCGGGGCCGACGACGAGGUGGCGGAGGCGUCGCCGGCGCGGGGCCCCAGCCCCGCCACCCUCCGCCACCGCCAGCACGCCGUGGGCAAGGGCGGCGGCGAGGCGGACGGCGAGCUCGCCGGCAAUGGCGCCGAGGCGUCGUCCGUGGAGCAGGUGUUCGCGGACAAGGCGGUGCCGUCGUGGCGGGAGCAGCUCACGCUGCGGGCCUUCGUGGUCAGCGCGCUGCUCGCCGUCAUGUUCAGCGUCAUCGUCAUGAAGCUCAACCUCACCACCGGGAUCAUCCCCUCCCUCAACGUCUCCGCGGGGCUGCUCGGCUUCUUCUUCGUCCGCCUCUGGACCUCCGCCUUCGAGCGGAUGGGCCUCGUGCGCCACCCCUUCACACGGCAGGAGAACACCGUCAUCCAGACCUGCGUCGUCUCCGCAUACGGCAUCGCCUUCAGCGGUGGUUUUGGCAGUUACCUAUUCGCAAUGAGUGAUACAAUAGCUAAGCAAGCAACGGAGGCUAGGGAUGCUGGGAACAUCAAGGAUCCUCACCUUGGAUGGAUGAUAGGGUUCCUUUUCCUUGUCAGCUUUAUCGGGUUAUUUGCACUUGUGCCCAUGAGAAAAAUUAUGAUUGUCGACUACAAAUUGACCUAUCCAAGUGGCACAGCAACUGCUUAUCUCAUCAAUAGUUUUCACACGCCUGAGGGUGCCAAGCUUGCAAAGAAGCAAGUGAAGACACUGGGCAGGUACUUCAUGUUGAGCUUUUUCUGGGGCUUUUUCCAGUGGUUCUUCAGUGGUGGGGAUGACUGCGGUUUCAAGAACUUCCCAUCAUUAGGCCUUGAAGCUUAUAACAAUAGGUUCUUCUUUGAUUUCUCUCCUACAUAUGUUGGGGUUGGUAUGAUUUGCCCACACAUUGUGAAUGUGUCCGUUCUGCUAGGUGGUAUCCUCUCGUGGGGUGUAAUGUGGCCUCUCAUUGCCAAGAAAAAAGGGAGUUGGUACCCUGCUACUGAUGGAGACGCUAGUCUUCAUGGGUUACAGGCUUACAGGGUUUUUAUAUCCAUUGCUUUGAUUCUUGGGGAUGGAUUAUAUAAUUUCGUCAAGGUGCUUCUCCGCACGAUUGCCGGGUUCAUAGCAAUGGUUCAGAAAAAUUCAAGAGCCAUGCUUCCUGUUUCUGGCAAUGGCAGCCCCACCGCUGAAGCUAUGUCAUUUGAUGACGAGCGCCGCACUGAACUGUUCCUGAAAGAUCAAAUCCCUACAUCAGUUGCAUAUGGGGGCUAUGCCGCAGUAGCUGCUAUAUCAAUCGGUACUCUUCCACAGAUCUUCCCGCAGCUCAAGUGGUACUACAUUUUUGUUGCAUAUAUCGUAGCACCUGUCCUGGCCUUUUGCAAUGCCUACGGAAGUGGACUCACUGAUUGGUCUCUUGCCUCCACCUAUGGCAAGCUUGCUAUCUUUGUGUUUGGUGCAUGGGCUGGCCUUGCCAAUGGCGGUGUGCUUGUAGGACUUGCUGCAUGCGGUGUCAUGAUGAGCAUCGUGUCAACAGCCUCUGACCUGAUGCAAGACUUCAAAACUGGAUACCUGACUUUGGCAUCACCGAGGUCCAUGUUUAUCAGCCAGGUGAUAGGCACUGCAAUGGGCUGUGUCAUUUCUCCCUGCGUCUUCUGGCUGUUCUACAAGGCUUUCAGUGACAUUGGCAUAAGCGGUACCGAAUACCCAGCACCUUAUGCCAUUGUGUACCGAAACAUGGCAAUAUUGGGUGUUGAUGGUUUUGCAUCGCUUCCAAAGAACUGCCUAACACUCUGCUACAUCUUCUUCGCCGCAGCUAUUGUCAUCAACUUGAUAAGAGACUUGACACCGCACAAGUAUUCGAGGUUCAUCCCGCUCCCAAUGGCGAUGGCUAUACCAUUCUUCAUUGGAUCAUACUUCGCGAUCGACAUGUUCCUGGGCAGCCUUUUACUCUUUGUAUGGGAGAGGGUGAAUAAGGCUAAAGCGGACGCCUUUGGACCUGCCGUUGCUUCAGGGUUAAUCUGCGGAGAUGGAAUCUGGACUCUGCCACAGUCCGUUCUUGCCCUUGCCAAGGUGAACCCUCCCAUUUGCAUGAAGUUCUUGACAAGAUCGGACAAUGUCAGAGUGGACAAAUUCCUUAGGGGCUAGUCAUGGUGUUUUACAGAGGACAACGGCAAACCACAGCCACGCAUCAUCAUGUAAUUACAGUUGCAUUUCACGCUACACAGACCACUUGUUUUGUAGAAACGCCAGAACUGGGGCUCUGCAAAGGACAAGUAUCCCUGAGAGUCUACAUUCCGAAACGAUUGUAACUGUUCUGCAUACUGUCCUUCACAAUGUAAAAAGGAAGAGAAAAAAGAAGCUGAAAAGGGAAGAAAUACGACUUAGGUGUAGGAAGCAGCAUCUUGCAUUUUAUUGCCAUAAGGGUUGUGAGUUGUGUAAUUGUGACAUGUGAUUUGCAUGUUCUAUUAGCAGGAAGCGAGUAUUCCCAUUACUCAGGUUACAUUGCAA